CGUACAUUGAUCACGAUCUCCCAUGUGGCGCUCGCUUGUGAAACGAUGUGACGAUCUUGUACAGUCACCGUGCGAACCUUGACGCGCCAAGUAGCAGCUUGUGGGUUUAGCGCGCAUGAUCUUUCCACACCCUGUUCCAACAUAAUCCAAAUAUUCUUUUACUGCUUUAAGUCGCCAUAUGGCAAAAUGGUCUUCUACGAGACGUGCCUCUUCUUUCACAGCAAGUCGCACUCUGGGGAUCAACAGGCGUUGCUGCGAAAGUUCGGGCAGCUCGUCGCAGAGAACCACGGAAAGCUACUCCGAGUUAAGGACCUCGGGUGGCGCUCGACGGCCUACCCAGUGAGCAAACCCCGGGUUGGGAUUUUUUACCACGGCCGGUGGUUUUCGGUGUUAUAUGGCACGAAUCCGAAGUGUAUACCACAGCUGCAGGAGUUUUGGAACCACAAUUCCAUAUUGCUGCGACACCACACUGAAAAAAUCGAUUUCUUCAAGGGGUCCUUUUACAAACCGAGGUCAACUUACUACCCAACCUACGGGAACGCCAACAAGGGCACUUUCGCAGCGGGAGAUAGCACGACCGCUAGUAGUUCUGGUGGAGCGUCACCCGCACAGACAGCGUUUUCAGAAGACAACUUCAUGAACGUGUAAAGCAAGUUUUGGGUUGCUAUUCUAAUAGUCCGAGCCUGCAACUCCACCUCGCAAGCACGUAGGAAGUGUGCUGCAGCUCAUUUCUUUUUUUUCAGAAAAGAAGCAAACGGCUACAUGCAGUUUGUUCG